AUGUCGCAAAACUCAAUACAGGCCCAGGAAAACUGUAAGAACUAUAUCGAAAAACGAAUGUUCGCAACAAAUACCGAUACAAAACCAAAAGAAGAUCUCAAAAGUAUAAAGGCUGGGAAAACCUUAACUCUAACCGAUCUGCUCUGGCCAACGGACCGCAUGCUCAAAAAAAGAAUCGCAAUAAGUACGGCGUUCCUUAUACUCUCGAAAAUAUCAACCGUCGCCAUACCAAUGUGCAUGUCAGCAAUGAUAGAUGUAAUGGCGGGAACAUCAAUGACCAAUUUAGAUCUUAUAAGUAAUGUCGGUCUAGGAGGAUUGGCCACCACGCAAUUUGGACUUGCACAUGUCUACCUUGUAGCAUAUUGCGCUGCAAGGAUAUCCUCAUCGUUCUUCACGGAAACAAGAAAUGCUAUCUUCAGCACUGUCAUGGAAAGAACGGGAAUGCUCAAUGCAUCGAAAAUGUUCAUGAAAAUACACUGCCUAGAUAUAGACCUACUGCUCAUGACAAAGUCAGGCGAAAUAUCAAAUGUAUUUACAAGAGGGAUAAAAGCAAUCUCACAAGUACUCAGAAUACUAGUAUUCCAAAUAGCACCAACCAUACUCGAGUUUACAAUGGUCACUGCACUACUAUGCUACAAGUUAGGACCUGCUAUCGCAUCACUCACAGCAGGAACAAUGGGAGUAUAUGUCCUUUUCACUGCACUAGUCACACAGAAGAGAAUGAUCCUCAGAAAACUUAUGGUCAGCGCAGAACAAAAGGCAGCAGGGGUGUUCACGGAUUGUAUAACAAACGCAGAAGCCGUAAGAUACUACAAUGCAGAAAAUAGGGAACUUGGUAGAUACGCAACACUACAGUGCGACUAUGCCGCCAAUGCUGUCAAAGUACAACAGUCGUUGGCAAUGCUCAAUUUCGGACAAAAUGCCAUUUUCAACACCGGACUGUUCCUAUCAAUGUGGCUCACACUCAACGAAAUAGCAGAAGGAACAGCGCAAUUCGGGGACCUUGUACUUGUCAACACUUUGCUUUUCCAACUGGCAAUACCACUCAACCUAAUAGGAACCAUGUACAGAGAAACCAAAACGAGCAUGGUAGAUCUACAGAAGUUCCUAGACCUAAUGAAACAGGAACCAAAGGUACACGAUAUGCCAGAUGCAAAGGAACUUAUAGUCAAAGCUGGAAAAAUCGAAUUCAAAAAUGUUUGCCAUGCAUACGAAAAUGCUGUUGGUGCAACAAAUAUACUAGAAAAUUUCUCACUCACGCUAGAACAGGGGAAAACUGUGGCUAUCGUAGGGGACUCAGGAACGGGGAAAACUACAAUAGCAAAAUUGCUAUUCCGAUUGUAUGACCCAUCACAGGGACAAAUAUUAAUAGAUGGACAAGAUAUCAAACACGUCACACUCAGCAGCCUCAGAAACGCUAUAGGAAUUGUACCGCAGGAUGUAGUCCUAUUUAAUGAAUCGAUAGCGUACAAUAUCAAAUAUGGAAGACCAGAUGCAACCAUGGAAGAAGUUAUCGCAGCUGCAAAACUUGCAGGAAUGCACGAAACUAUACAACAUCUAAAGGAUGGCUAUGACACUGUAGUUGGAGAACGUGGCAUGAAACUUAGCGGUGGAGAAAAACAAAGGAUAGGAAUCGCAAGAUGUUUCCUCAAAAAUACAAAAAUACUUGUAUUCGAUGAAGCAACAAGCUCUCUAGACUCCAUGACAGAACAUAAGGUUCUAGCCGCAUUCAGAAAACUGAGCGCAAACAGAACCACUAUAGUAAUCGCUCACAGGCUCUCUUCUAUCUUAGAGGCUGACGAAAUCGCUGUAUUCUGUGACGGGAAAAUCGUCCAAAAAGGACCAGCGGACCUCCUUAUGAAAGAUCCAAAUGGAUACCUUCAGCAAAUAAUCCGCUCCAACGUACUCAUAAAACGAUAG